AUCCAAGCAUGGAUCCAUCUAAUAUAUUUCCAAGUCACUUAUUUGACCAAAGCUUUGGCAUGUGCAUUACGCCACAAGACCUUAUAUUGCCAACAAAUAACAUAAUCAAUCCUAACUACCACAGACCCUGGAAGUGGUACAUAGAAAAUGUCUCCAAAGACAGUGGAUCAACAAUAGAGAGUGAUAAAAACAAAUUUCAAGUGACCUUAGACGUGCAGCACUUCAAACCUGAUGAAAUUAGUGUGACAGUGAUUAACAAAGAAAUUAUAAUUGAAGGUAAACAUGGGGAGAGACUGGAUGAUCAUGGAGUUGUAUCAAGACAGUUUUUAAGAAGAUAUGCUCUUCCAGUUGAUUGUGAUUCUGAUGAUGUCACAGCCAAUCUAUCAUCUGAUGGAAUCCUGAUGGUUUGUGCGAAAAAAAAGACGAUUCAGAAUUUAACAAAUGAAAGACAAGUUCACAUCCAGCUAUGUGAUUCACUGUUAACUAAAGAAGUCAAGUCAAACCUGAGUAGUAAAACAUCAGACGAGGAAAUGGAUAAAUCUCAAAUAAAGAAGCAGGAUGAAAAAUGUGAUAUAAAUAUUAAAUGUGAAACAUCAAAACUAGAGGCAGAAGAAAAAAGCAACAUGAAGAGCUCAAGUUUAGAUGACUCACGCCAUUCAAAGAAUUCUCAACUUAUGUUGAGAGAAGAGCAUAGUAGAUUAUUAAAACCUGAAUUCCUGGGAGAAACCCUGUCUAAUGUUGAAGGAACAAUUAUUAAAGAAAGUAAAAGAGAGACAGAUGAACUACUUGAAAUGUCAUCAAAUAGAGCUGGAAAGGCUAAUGUUGAAGGAACCACCAAAGAAACAAAAAAAAUAGAGACAGAUGAACACCUGGAAAUGUCAUCAAGUAGAAUUGGAGGAACCAUUACUGGAGCUAAAAUAGAGACUGAUGAACUCCUUGAAAUGUCGUCCAGUAGAUUUGGCAAGGGUAAUGUUGGAGGAACCAUUAAAGAAGCUAAAAUAGAGACAGAUGAACUACUGGAAAUGUCAUCAAGUAGAAUUGGAGGAACCAUUACUGGAGUUAAAAUAGAGACUGAUGAACUCCUUGAAAUGUCGUCAAGUAGAUUUGGCAAGGGUAACAUUGGUGGAACCAUAAAAGAAGCUAAAAUAGAGGCAGAUGAACUACUUGAAAUGUCAUCAAGUAGAGUUGCCAAAGCCAUGGAUAGCAUUUCAGCAAUAUCUGAUGAAAUGCUAAAUAUGGCCAUUGGCAAUGCCUAUCAGAGCAGUAUGAUGGCAACUGAGACUGAGGAGUCCUCUACAAUUUCUUCUGAGAAGAUGAGUUCAGGGUCUAUGGCUUUAUCUGAGGAGUCAAUGAAAGUAGUUUCCGAAACUGGUCAAUCUAGUAUGGAAGCUACAUCAGAAAAGGCAAGCUUUUCGAGUUCUUCAAUGAGCAGUGAAGUUGUAUCAUCAUCUGUAAUGUCUUCAAUGUCCUCAAGUGUGAAAGCAUCCAGUGAAAUAGCCACAAGUGAGUUAUUGAGUGACAGAAUCUCUGCAGCUCUCAAAGAAGCUGCUGAAAAUUUCUAAAUAGUAAUAAAAAAGUGGUAAAGUUAAAAUUGUUAUUCACAUUACAAAUGUUUAUUUAUACUUAUUGAUAUUGUUAUGAAUAAAAAUUGAUAAUCUUAUAAAUUA